CCUUAGUCUUACAAUCGGUACUUGUGGUGAAUGUGUUGUGAGUCCGAGCACGAAGUUUUGUUUUGCCAUCAUCAUCGUCAUCAAUGGUUUGGGUAGGGCGGUUGCGGAGGCCUCUUCUCCAGGCGGUGGGACGAGAAUCAACAAGAGCUCUGUCUGGAAGCCGUAAAUCUAGAGUGAGGAAAACCGAGAAUGACAAGUCUGAGUGGUGGGUAGUCGAUGGAGAAAUGCAUGAAAUCGGAGACAACGUCCCCCCUAGAGAGAGAUUCGUUAUCCCUAGAGAUAAUAUUCCUAACAAACGCCGUAAGCAGCUCCGUGAACAGUUUAUGCGCCGCACUCGCCUUGUUCUCAAGGAUUCUCUUCUUGAGCAUGAACAACCCUGGUGCAAAAAAUACAUGGAGCUUUAUCAGGAGCUUAGGGAAAAUUGGGAGAGGCUAUACUGGGAUGAGGGUUACUCCAAAAAACAUGCUCAAGAGCGUGCACCUUAUGAUUCCGCCGAAGAUGACAAUCAGGACUUUUCACCCUACAGCACAAGGCAACCUCAUGCUGAGGAAACAAAGAAUCAUACUUUUGGGAGAAAUAGGCAGCAGCAGCCGCAGGGAGGUUCAAUGGAAAAAGUAGGCAUCAUCAGAGAUAAGUUUGAAUUUGAUCGCCAGAGAAGAAUGAGAGAUAAAGCCUUUGCACCUAUGCGGUUCACAGCACCUGAUCCUGAUUCUUCAAGGAAUCAAUCAUUUGAUACAAAGAGAUAUCUUUCAUCCAGUGACAGCGACUAAGUCAAAGAUCCAUGGAAUGCUAGAUGGGUAUCAGAAAAUGUUAUGACCUUCUGACCGAACACAUCUGGAAAUCUUGUGGCUUGGGAUAUUGUCAUCGGGUCAAGAAACUUAACGGUCUUUACCCCUUAAAAUGUUUUGUCUGGUAGAUUAUAACCCAUAUCUUAUUGCUUAUGAAAUUGUAAAACCCUCCAGAAUUUUUGUAGAAAUGGUUUUAUUUUGCCUAGCUAUGUUUUAGGGCCUAGAUUUUGAUACACUUAAGGUGGACUUUGCGGAUGAUUAUCUUGAUGUAUUUAUGUCCAUGGUUGUAAAACAAGGUCUCCAAGGCCGAGUACUCCCCGAGUAA